AUGAAGACCCUAUUUGCUGCAAACAUUGCACUGGUCCAGAAGGACUUGGGGGUAAUCACUGCUCGACUGCAAUCGCUGGAAAACUCUGGUGACAUUGCACAAUGCCGGCAAGAUGCUCAGCAGUCUGAGCUGGACAAGCUCAAGCAAGCAAAUCUCCUCAUGGAGGGCAGAAUAGCAGUGCUGGAAGACACCAAGAGACAGCGCAAUCUCAAGAUUCGGGUUUUUUUCACUGAGGAUGUUACGGACUCCGAAAUCCCUCACUACCUCCGCCGCCUGCUAAGCAGCAUACUCACACCAUCCAAAGCCAAAGCGAUCCCGCUGGACAACUACUUCAGGAUCCCAAAGCCAGCUAAGGCCCCGGACAGGGCUCCCAGCCACCCACGACGCUCCUUCGUACCAUUUAGAAGGAGCCGACCUUACCUUCUUUAAUGACCUGACGCGAUCCACCAUGGUCUGGCGGCAAUCACUCCGUCCAGUAACCCAGCACUUGAGAUAUCACGAAGUGGUAUACCGCUGGGGUCCUAGCCGCAAGCUUUCUGUGCUCCACGACGGGAAGAGAGUCCAGCUACAGCACCAAUCGGACGCAGGGAACCUCUUCAGGACACUGGAACUGCCUACCCCAGAGGCCCUACUGGCAAACAGUCCAGGUGCGGACCCCCAACCAUCGACCCAGAUGUGGGAUGUGAGAAAUGUCCGACCCUUCUACCCGAAAGCCAGAACCGCGGCAGCAGAGUCAAACCUAGUCGGCACAUGAGAUUCGUCUCCGAUACAGGGACAGUUCUAACAACCCUCGGACGCUCACACUGCUAAUAUAG